CGUUUUAUCAACCACCAUCCUUUGCAGGAGGUGGCUAGUCAAGCAGUCAAGGCUGGAUGUGAUGCUCGAGCUGUGUUGACGCUGUACUCCUCCAGGGACAUGCCUGCUACAGACUCUGAUAAUAUGAGUGAGGCAGAAAGAGCCACUCUCAAAUUUGCCCGAUUCAUGCAAGAUGUACAGAGUGCAGACCGAUGCCACUCUUUUGUCCCAGAGGUUGAGGAAAUACGUAUAUCACCAGUUGUCAGCCGAAAGGGCUACCUCAAUGUUCUGGAUGACCGAACCAACACUUGGAUAAAGAGAUGGGUGGUUGUACGACGACCAUAUGUAUUUAUCUUCCGAGAUGAGCGGGACUCUGUAGAACGAGGACUCAUUAAUUUGGCCACUGCCCAAAUUGAAUACUCUGAGGACCAACAGGCCAUGGUGCGGGUACCUAAUUCAUUCAGUGUGGUGACCAAACAGCGAGGUUUCCUAUUGCAGACCCUGGGAAACAAGGAAGUGCAUGAUUGGUUAUAUGCCAUCAACCCACUUUAA